AUGCCUCAUCCUGUUACGCCGCCAUCCGGCGACGCCCCGCCCCCGCCAUCUCAAGAAACCAUCAACGACCUCCUCAACACUAUCUUCACUGCAAAGACCUCUGCCUCGUCGAUCGAUGCUUGCUACGGCCUUUGUGAGAUUCUUCUUUCUUCUGUCGGCGUCGCUGGCUUGAACGACUACGGCGUCAUUGCUGAGGUCAAGAAGGCUGCUGCUGAUAAGAAGUCUGGUCUCCGCCGCGAGUCCAGCCAGAACCUUCUCGGUGCUAUUUUUGAGCGCUUCCUCCCCCGACAGCCUGUCAGCGAGGUAGUUCUCCUCCUCCAAGACGGUGGCCUUAUCGGCGUUGCCCUCGACGCUCUCUCUGAUAAGGGCGCCGUCGUCCGCGAUGCUGCCCAAUACGGCCUCGAUGCGGCCUUUGGCAUUCUUAGCCCCGAGGCUCUUGUUGCUGGCCUCCUUCCCGCUCUUACCGAGUAUUUGAACAGGAAGACCGGAAAAUGGCAGGGAGCUGUCGGUGCCUACAAGCUGUUGCAGAAGAUGGCCGACAAGGCCCAGAUCUCUCUCGGAGGAACCAAGGAGGAGGCCCUCGAGAAGGAUCUUCUCCGUGAGUCUCUUGGUGCCAAGCUCGCUGGCCUGAUCCCUAUUGUUGAGGGUGGUAUGCAUGACUUGAAGUCUGAGGUCGAGAAGCAGGCUGUCACAACGAUGAACUCGCUCACUACUCUUCUCUCCAACGAUGAUGUCGCCCCUCGUAUCCCUCUUCUCGUCGAUACUAUGCAGCACCCUUCGUCUCAAACUCUCCAAAAGGCUAUUCAUGCACUGUCUCAGACUACUUUCGUCGCUAUCGUUACAUCGCCUGUCCUGGCUCUCCUGACACCUUUCCUGGAGCGAUCUCUCAACAGCCCCACCACCGCCCAGGAGGUUUUGCGACAGACUGUUGUCAUUGUCGAGAACUUGACCAAGCUGGUCCACGACCCCAUCGAGGCCCGAACAUUCUUGCCCAAGCUGAUUCCUGGUGUCAAGAGCGUUUGCGACCGAGCCUCUCUUCCCGAGGUCCGUGAGAUUGCUGAGCGUGCCCUCGCUACCAUGGAGCAGGCCAUGGGUGACGAUAAGGAUGUCGUUGCCCGUACAUCUGGCAAGGAUGUCGCCAAGAUUCUUGAUGAGCAGAUCAAGGCCAACGGUGGCCUUGCUAGCCAGCAGGAACUUUUCAAGCAGGCCCGCCCCUACAUUUCUGAAAUGGUUUCCAUCGAUGUCAACUACCGCUUCGUCAACCGUAUCUCUGGGCGUAUUGCCCCUUACCUUACUAGCUUCAUGAAGAAUGCCGAGGCCCCUCAGAAGAUUGCCGAUGCUAUUCAAAAGCACUACGUCGAAGAGGAUGAGCGCCGUUACGGUGUUCCCGAGAAGGAAGAUGACGGCGAGGUUGAGAUUGUCAACGCCGACUUUUCUCUUGCUUACGGUGGCAUGCUCCUUCUGUCACACACCAACUUGCGACUUCUUAAGGGUCACCGAUAUGGUCUUUGUGGCCGAAACGGUGCUGGAAAAUCAACCCUCAUGCGAAGUAUUGCUAACGGCAAGCUCGAGGGCUUCCCCCCUCAAGAUGUUCUCCGUACUUGCUACGUCGAACACAACCAGGGAGAGGAUGCUGACAUCAGUAUUCUUGAGUUCGUUGCCAAGGACCCCGAAAUUGCUACUCAGGGCCGUGAGCGUAUCUCCGAGGUUCUGGCUGAGUUUGGUUUCACUGCUGGUCCCGAGGGUCGACAGUCUGAGAGAGUCGGAUCUUUGUCUGGAGGUUGGAAGAUGAAGUUGGCUUUGGCCCGCGCUAUGUUGCAGCGCGCUGAUGUCCUUCUCCUGGACGAACCUACUAACCAUCUUGAUGUUGCCAACAUCGCGUGGCUCGAGAAUUACCUCAAGUCUCACCCUGAUAUCACCAGUCUGAUUGUUUCUCACGACUCCGGCUUUUUGGAUAAUGUUACUACCGACAUUUACCACUACGAGCCCAACAAGAAGCUGGCUUGCUACAAGGGUAAUCUGGCCAACUUUGUCAAGAUUAAGCCCGAAGCCAAGAGUUAUUACACUCUCUCCGCCUCUACUGUCCAGUUCAAGUUCCCUCCUCCCGGCAUCUUGACUGGUGUUAAGUCUCAGACUCGCGCUAUCAUCCGCAUGUCUAACGUUUCAUACGCCUACCCCAACGCACCAAAGCCCUCUCUGCAGGAGGUCUCUUGUCAGCUGAGUCUUUCUUCUCGUGUUGCUAUCAUUGGCCCCAACGGUGCUGGAAAGUCGACACUCAUCAAGCUCCUCACUGGCGAGACCAUUCCUACCACUGGAAAGGUUGAGAAGCACCCUAACCUCCGUAUUGGUUACAUCAAGCAGCACGCUCUGGAGCACGUUGAGAUGCACUUGGAGAAGACCCCCAACCAGUACCUUCAAUGGCGUUACCAGCACGGUGAUGAUCGAGAGGUUCACAUGAAGCAGACUCGUGUCCUGUCCGAGGCCGACCGUGCCCAGAUGGACAAAUGGGUUGAUUUGAAGGAUGGAAAGUCUGCUCGUCAAAUCGAGUCACUGGUCGGUCGCCAGAAGUACAAGAAGACCUUCCAAUACGAAGUUAAAUGGCGUGGCCUUCUGCCUAAGAACAACACCAUGAUUUCUCGUGACACUCUUACGGAGCUUGGUUUCGAUAAACUCGUUCAAGAGUUCGAUGACCACGAAGCUUCUCGAGAGGGUUUGGGUUACCGCGAGCUUCAGCCCAAGAUUAUCUCUAAGCACUUUGAGGAUCUUGGUCUUGACCCUGAGAUCGCCAACCACAACGAGAUUGGCUCUCUUUCUGGUGGACAGAAAGUCAAGGUUGUCAUUGCCGGAGCGAUGUGGAACAACCCCCAUCUUCUUGUGCUCGACGAGCCUACUAACUUCUUGGACCGAGACUCCCUCGGUGGUCUUGCUGUUGCCAUCCGUGACUUCAAGGGUGGUGUUAUCCUGAUUUCUCACAACGAAGAGUUUGUCGGUGCCCUGUGCUCUGAGCAGUGGCACGUCAACGAUGGCCGAGUUGCCCUGAAGGGCAACGCUGCUAUCAGCCUCGACCGUUUUGAGGAUAGCCGCCCAAGCAGCGGCGUCAACAGUACUGCAGCAAGCUCCGUCGUGAGCAGUGCUGUCAACAGUGGUGUUGAGGACAACGGGGAUAUGAAGUUCAGGGCCAGAAAGAAGAAGAAGAUGACCAAGAAGGAGCUCAAGGAGCGUGAAGUCCGUCGCCGGCUUCGCCACAUCGAGUGGCUCAACAGCCCCAAGGGCACUCCCCACCCUCCUGACACUGACGACGAGGACAACUAA